AAGGUCAUAUGUCUGUUAACCUUGAAUCAAGACCACCCUCCUUAUCGUUCUUAAAAGAGACUCUCAGAGUCUCUCACAGAGACUCUCAUGCACACGGUCAGCAAGCAGGCUUAACAAAGGAAAGGAGCCAAAGUGCAGGGGUUUAAAAAGCAAUUGUCUGACCAAAGGUUUUCCUGCUUGGGGCCCGUGAGGAGGCGGAUCCCACCAGAUGGCCAGUCCAGUCCUGGCUCCGUGCAGUGAGCUCAGCCCAAAAACACACACACACACACUGAUGCUCACACACACAUACAGUAGCUCAUAGUUAUCACAUACAACAUAACUCAAAGUUAAAGUGGUCAAACUCUGCAAACGCAGAACAAAAGACAGUGUGACAUCCAUACAAUUCCAUUUUUAUGUGACAAAUAAAAUUGUUUUCUUUUUUAAUCUUUAUGUUUGUUUAUGUAACAGGUUGGACUAGGUCCCCUGUUAGUGUGCAUUUUGUAAUUGAAAACAGAUGCCAGUGUGGGCGAGGGCGGAGCCCCUCCGGUUAGUAUAAAUUGCCUACUGUGUGGCUAACCUCAAUACCGGUUGGCGUUUGGUGGAGCCCUGUAUGUGGGGUGUAGUGGAUGUUCGUGGCGUUUUGGGUGUUGGACCCAUACCAGAGCGCUUGCAGAGCUCAGCUGAAAUGCGGGCGCCAGGUUUCCGAACGUAGCCUAACGCCCAGCGUGAAGGUUAGCCCUUCUGCAUAUGCACCUGGCGAUAGCCUACCCAAUUAUGUUGGUACUGUGGCUAACGUGAUGUUGCUUCACUGCAGCAUUUGAAUGGUGAGAACCCGAAGCAAGGAUUCAAGACUGGCUUCAGUGCUUCCACUAUUGCAACUUAAGGCUUAAGUUCAUCAUGGCUGCAGCAAGCCUUGCUAGGCGGGCGACUAUGCUUGACGUUGUGUAUGAAGACUACACUGCCUAUGGCCACUUGACUGAUGAUGAGCUACUGCAGAUGGCCAUUGAACGCAGCCUGUCUGAAGACCAACAAGGCCCCUCGGAAUACGCUCAAGCAAGUUUCAUACCAGCAUCCGAGCCACCCAAAGAGGAAGACAUACCCACAGAAGCCAGGCAGGUGUAUGCAGCCGGACAGAAUGCUGCUCUGCAAACACAGAGAGCUGCGGCCGCUGAGAACCCAGAAGUCAAUCCUUCCAGGGUACUUAAUACAUUCGAUGAAGAGAGGGUGAGGCUACUGGAAUGGAAGAAACGAUAUGGAAAUGAAGACCUAGUCAAAAAAACAGCUAUUCAUGCACCAUCCAUAAAGGCAGCUAUCUGGAAUGAUGAUGCCAAAACAUUCAAACAAAUAUUAAUGACAGAACCUGCUGAGAGUCUGAACAAACCAAACGAAGAGGGCUGGAUACACUUACAUGAGGCUGCAUACUACAAUGCAGUGGAAUGUUUAAAGUUGCUUUUACAAGCCUUUCCGGAUCUAGUCAACAAACGCAAUGACAAGAACCAAACGCCUCUCCUUGUGGCUGUCGGUUAUAAGAAUUUGGCCUGUGUCAAGGUUCUCAUUGACGCUGGUGGAGACCCUAACAUAGCCAACAGAACAGGAGAGACAGCCGUCUACAAAGCUUGUGAGAAGGGCACUGAGGAGAUACUUGAUGCUGUUCUAAAAGCUGGCGGGAACCCCUGCAGGGCAGACAUUGAGAGAAACACACCUUUACAUGAGGCAGUGAAUAAUAAAAACAUCAAUAUGGUUAAAAUGCUAGUGGAGGCUGGAGCAAAGACGUCGACUACGGAUAGCUAUGGCGUUGAGCCACUGUUCACAGCAGCUCAGUGUGGAGCCGCAGACGUGCUGAACUACUUCAUAAAACUAGGUGGAAAUAUUAACACGCAGGCCAAUGAUGGGGCAACAGCUUUGUAUGAAGCGUCUAAGAAUGGCCAUGAGGAGUGUGUAAAGAUAUUGCUGUCCAAGAGAGCCGAUGUAAACCGAACAACCAAAUUAGGCUUAACUCCUCUACAUGUUGCUUCAAAGAAUGGACAUGUGAAUGUGGUGUUGCUACUGCUUCCUCUGACCAACAGAGGGAUGAUAACGCGCAGUGGCAUCAGUCCACUGCAUCUCGCAGCCGAAAGCAACCAAGACAAGGUCCUGGAGAUUCUCAUCCAAGAAGGCUUUGACGUCAACAUGCAGCUAUCGACCGAAUAUUCAAAGAUGUACGAGGACCGCCCCAGCACGGCACUGUACUUCGCAGUGAAGGCAAGCAACGUUGAAGCGGCCUCCAUGCUGCUUGAAGCCAGCGCAAACCCUAACCUGGACGUCUUCAACCCUCUCUUGGUCGCCGUGAGAAAAGACAACAUGGAGAUGGCGUCUCUGCUGGUCGAGUAUGGUGCCAACGUGAAUGCUUCCAUGCCAACAUAUCCAACCACCUUCCCAGCCGCUAUGCUCUUCUGCAUGAGGCACAGAAACAUGUUUAAGAUGCUGCUUGACAACGGGCUGGAUGCUGACGCCUGCUUCGACUGUGUCUAUGGGAACAACACGCAUCCUCCAGUCAAGAUACACCGCUCCUCUAGGGACAAUCUGUACCUGCAUGGGCUGAUGGCCCCUCAUACGUCAACUGCACAGUUUUGUGAGGUGAUGGCGGAUCCUCUCAACUCACCUUGGGUGGGAAUGAUACUCGAUAUGCUCUUAGAUUACACUGGCCACGUGAAACUCUGUUCAAGACUCUCAAACCUCCUGGACAACAUCAGCAAUGGCCAGUCCAUCAAGGAUAAAGCAAAACCACCAUUCUCCCUUCUACACCUGUGCCGUGUGGAUAUCCGCAAGCAAGUGGGACAUCAGCGACUGAGACAAAUGACUUCUCUACCUCUGCCCAAACGUCUCAUCAGAUUUCUCUUCCAUGACAACUCUGAGUCUGAGAAUUUGUCGCAAUGUGGCUGUUAAUGAGCAUUUCCAACAGGGCAGUGCAGCAGCUUACUGUAGUUUGACUGUGUCAGUCAACAUACUAUGUUAAAGGAGCAGUUCUGCCAAUUUCAAUAUGCUGUUGUAUUGCUCACGCUACCCUUGACUUGUCAGUACCUGGUGACGAUGCAUUUUUCCGGCUCAGCCCUUUCCGAGAUCUGAGCUAUUCUAAUGGGUGCAGAUUUUGUUUACAUUAAAAACUUUAUUAACAUAGGCCUACUCCAAAUAUUUUCCCAAAAGGUAUCGUUGUGUGCUAGUUGUCUGCUGAUGUUGCAUAACCUUUUGGAUGGCUGAAAAGGCUGAAGAAAAAGAAUCUCAGGUACAGACAAGUCCAGGGUAAUGUGAGCAUUACGACAGCAUGUUGAAAUUGGCUGAACUUAUCCUAAAGGAUAAUUCCAGCCAAAUUCAACAUGCGGUUGUAUGCUCACUCUCCCCUUGACAUGUCAGUACCCCCAUUGACAUGGGAUUUUAUCUGUAGUGGUGAUCCCCCUUUAAGCAGUGCCACAGCUGCGUGGCAUCAUGUCACCACAGGUGAUUGUGUUUUAAUCCCUCGGUGCGCUUGCUGCGAGCCGCAAAUUACGCGCGUCACUGUGAGCAACCGACUGCACAUGCUUGCUUUAAAAGCAGUAGACCAACACGCAAAAUACUGGCGGUGUCAUCCAGGGGGCAGAGAGAACAGCAUUGUGAGCCGGUAAUUGGGAACACAGACUGUAAACAAAACAAAGUAAGGACUCCCCCGGGCCCUUUGCCAAAGUGCAACGGGGAAGUAUGACUGCAAAUCGAAUGUUUGUAAUUUUGGACAUGAUCGAGACAGUCUUGAAAAGUUGCCGCCAUCGUCGUUUUCUCCAAAAGCACUCGUAUGGAACUGUGCAAUCUUUCUCACAAUAGCCCCAAGGGAGUUUGAAGAUAUCACACCUAACGCACUUGUUUGGUUGCAGUAUCUACGAACGUGCCGAAAAUUGACAUGAACUGCACAAGUUGAUGUGCUCAUGCAUGAAUCGUGCCUGCGCACACGGAUCACUACAGCAAGCAUACCGAAUUUGCUGUAGCCAUCAAAGGCCUGCAGCAGACAUGGCCAUGUGAUCACGCUCGGCUUGUUCCCCGCAGCAUUGGGUCUGCUGCGUUGUCCUCAUGCUAUCCCUGCUGAGGAGAAUUCUGCGCUUCAACCGUUCCCUUUUGGAGGUAUGUGUCGAUCUGUUCCCCUGUUGUGUUGUAAUGGUAGCUCAUUACCGAUUGCUAAUGUUAGCUUCUUGCAUUGAUUUCAGAGCGGCAUUUCUGCUGGAGCCCGUGGGGGUUUCAUCUGCACUCUGCGUUUACGCUACUACUGACAGUAUCUGUUGUAGUUUAUCCAGUUUUCAUCCGUCCUCUGCCUUCCGGGCCUACAUUUGUGACUUGUUGUCUCCGAGAUUAACUGGGCACCUGGGCUCGGUGAAUGUUAAUGUCAAGCUUGGGUAAGUAAUACCGUUUUCAAAACCAUCGCUGCCGCCCGUAGCGUAAUUAUUUGGGCUUAGCUAAUGUGGACAUGUUUGUUUGCCUUUAGACCGCCGGGUGUUUCCCUUCCUUCGCUGAGACUGCGGCAAGCAACCUCUUCGUAUCGUCGGGACCCACCCGCUGCUGUUCUGCUUAACCUAAAAUUAUGUUCACUUUGGGCGCAUUCAGGCCGACUAAGAAUCACGUCGGUGCCCGUUCCCGCACCUAAUCGCGAUCCAGCCGUCAUGAUCACGCCACAGAAAUUAGCAUUGGUGAACCGGAAAGUUGGUUCGCAGUGCGAACCGCAAAAUACUUGCUUUUUCUCAGCGAACCGUGAUGACAACAUUGCCGUCAGCAGGUUCAUCCGGGUAGCAGAGUCACGUGCAGAAAAAGUUCGGAGCCCGGUAUGAACACGGGCAGUUCGCAGGUAAGCACUUUUGUGCCAAGCGUAACUAGUGCGGGCACCGGCUCCGUUCUGGUCGGCCUGAAAACCCUAUCUGUGGUAUAUUCUCAAGCUGCUGCUCACCUCGAAUCGCUGCGCUCUGAAUUAGCAGGCGGCAGCGUUUGUAUGGGUGCCUACAGUCAGUGUGUGCUUGAGUGCGUGUGUUGCUGUGUGCGUAUGGUUGUGCGGUUAGGAUUUCAUUCAAAUCUCACACACAUCUAGUUUAGCCAGGUGCAGACUCAAAAUGUAAAAGUUCAAUGUAAGGCAAGGAUAAAACGCACACCGAUGACCGCCC